UGCUGUCAUUUUAUCAUCCAGGUGGCUGUUGGGGAAGUAGUCAGAGCUGCAAAUGGGGAUCACCUCCCGGCUGACCUCGUCAUUCUGUCGUCCAGUGAACCACAGGGUAUGUGCUACAUUGAAACAUCUAACUUGGAUGGAGAAACAAACCUUAAAAUCAGACAGGGUCUCCAGUUGACUGCAGACAUAAAGGACAUUGACAGCCUGAUGCGUCUCUCUGGGCGGAUGGAGUGUGAGAGCCCAAACCGCCAUCUGUACGAGUUUGUUGGGAACAUCCGUCUGGAUGGACACAGCACAGUACCACUGGGUCCUGACCAGAUCUUACUGAGAGGAGCCCAGCUGAGGAACACCCAGUGGGUCCAUGGCGUGGUGGUCUACACUGGCCAUGACACAAAAACUCAUAAUUCUACUCGGCCUCCUUUGAAACUCUCCAACGUGGAGCGCAUUACCAACUUUCAGAUCCUUGUGCUGUUUGGCUGCCUGUUGGCCAUCUCGCUGGUCUGCUCCAUCGGCCAAACCAUCUGGAAGUACCAGUACGGCAAUGAUGCCUGGUACAUGGAUCUCAACUAUGGCGGGGCGGCUAACUUUGGCCUCAACUUUCUCACCUUCAUCAUCCUGUUCAACAACCUGAUCCCCAUCAGUCUCCUGGUCACACUGGAGGUUAUCAAGUUCAUCCAAGCUUUUUUCAUCAACUGGGUGAGUUCAAACUACUAA